CCCGAAUAUGAUUGGCUGACUUUACUCAAGCAACAGGAAAAUGAUUUUUUUUUUCCUGACCCUGUGCAACCGCAACAGCUCCAGCGUGGUUGUUUGUCCCCUGUUGACGCUUUGGUCAAUUUCUCAACAUUAGUCAUGUCGUCAGUUGUGUCUUCAACCAGUAGCAAGCGUUUCAGAGAGACGCAAUCUCUUCUCGACGAUAAUAUGUCCGUCGCCUCCGGUAGUAAUGUCAGCCGUCAGCGCCAAACCAGGAAGGACGAGGCUAUUCGAAAAAAAAUCGAACAGGAACUGUCCAAGAAACGGGGAGGCAGCUCCAGAGUUCGCCAGACCAAGAAAGUUGCUGGUACCGUGUCUGCCCUAAGACCAGCUCAAGCUUUGACUGUGAAGGAGAAUAUUCUGAUCAUAGAAGCUGCUCAGCUUAUGGCUGCCAAGAGAAGUGAUUGUGUUCUCGUUGUCGACGAGGAAGAUCACUUGAGUGGUAUUUUCACCGCGAAAGAUUUAGCUUACCGCAUUGUUGCCAAUUCAUUGGAUGCUAGAACUACCUCUGUUGCGCAAAUUAUGACCAAAGGACCCAUGUGCGUAACAGCUGAUACCUCUGCUCAAGAUGCUUUGAACUUGAUGGUCUCACGUGGUUUCAGACACUUGCCGGUUUGCAAUGACGAAGGCGAUAUAUUCGGUCUUCUGGAUAUUACAAAAUGUCUCUAUGAAGCUCUUGACAAAAUGGAGCGUGCUUUUGGUUCAUCGAGGAAAUUGUAUGAUGCUUUGGAAGGUGUCGAAAAGGAAUGGUCCAACGGCCCCAUUCAACUGGUUCAAUAUAUGGAAGCCUUGCGGGAAAAGAUGUCUUGCCCUGAUCUUAACACUGUACUUGAUGGUGCAUACCCAGUGGAAGUCAGCGUUAAAACUCAAGUUCGAGAUGUUGCUAAACUUAUGAAGGAACAUCAUACUACAGCUGUGUUGGUUAUGGACCAUGGCGAAUUGGCUGGUAUUUUUACCUCCAAAGACAUUGUCUUGCGCGUCAUCGCCGCUGGGUUGGCUCCUGACAACUGCUCGGUUGUACGCGUCAUGACACCUCACCCUGAUACUGCUCAUCCUAAUACCAGUAUAUUGGAUGCUUUGAAGAAGAUGCAUGAUGGUCAUUACCUGAACUUGCCUGUAUUGGACGAAGACAAGAAUAUUGUUGGAUUGGUAGACGUGCUCAAGCUGACUUAUGCCACAUUGGAGCAGAUCAACAGUAUUGAAGGCUCCGAUACGGAUGGCUCAAAGUUUUGGAGUAGUUUUGCUAUGGGUGAACAUGCUGAAACAGAAUCGGCCGUGUCAGAUUCCCUCUCUCAAGCCGCCAAUUCCAACAUGUUCCAAGCUCCCAAUUCUCCUCACCAAGAGCGUGUUCUUUCCCAUCUCAACUUCCCUGAAAUCACACCACAAGACAGUGCUUCAGUAGCCAACGAUGAAAACAGAUCCACAGUUAGCAGUCAACAAAUGCGAUCCAGAGAUGAUGGUACCUUCGCUUUCAAGUUUACUUCAGCCAUGGGUAAAACACAUCGCUUAAAAUCCGAUUAUACCGAUUUCGACACUUUGAAAAGUACCAUCCGUAGUAAAUUGAUGACAGAGCAUCUCUCAUUGUCUCAGUCUUAUGUUGAAGUCGUUGGCUCUGCCCCACCAUCUGAGGAAGAGGAAGACUGGCUUCAGAUUUCCUACUUGGACGACGAAAAUGACUAUGUCUUAAUGACCUCUAAUCAAGAUUUGAUGGAUGCCGUUUCACUAGCUCGCAGACAAGGUCAUGAUCGUGUAAGGCUCCUUGUCCUAGAUACCAUCAGCAACCCAGUUGCUCCUCCUGCUUCCACUAUCACGCCUACUGAAGUUGAAGAGAAGCCAAACGAAAUUUCUGUCAAUCCCACUGUAAUGGAACAAGCUACACCCGCUUUGGAAGAAGCUGUUGUUGAGACGGAAAAGAAACAAAAGAAAUCCAAGAAAACUAAAGGUAGCAGAAGGGAGACAUUGACCAGCGACGAAGAAUCCGAGCAAAGUGAUGCGGAAUCGACAGAACGCAAGCGGUCUGGCAAACGUGGUGCUAAGCGAGGUAUCGCUGAAGAAUACGGCAUUCCUAUACCUGAUGACCUGCUUCUCCCUGCCGCCGUCACCUUCCUUGGUGUAGUCAUUGCUACUGUAUUCACCAUUAGCAAAGUCACUUCAAGUUCAAGCAGAUAUUAGCUGGUUGACGCACUAUGUCCUUUCGUAAUUUUCUUUAUCCCCUUUUUAUUAUUCCCACCAGAACGGUGUCCUCUUCUUCGUUUUCCUUGUUUGUGUUAAAAUAUAUAUUGCCAAGAGUUUUAUGGAUCCCUUUUCUUCCUUCCCAUUCUUUUUCAUGUUCCUGUAUGCUCGAU